GACCUUGGAAUCGCUGGCGGCUGCGGUGCUCGCUGCACUAGAGGAGGACUUCAACGGCCCGCUUCACCUCAGCAAAUGGCCCGUGAUUUCCCUCGUUCAGCUGACCGAAGCUUUAUCCGACGCAGCGCUGCGUCAUCAGUCUGCAGAUUCAAUGGAGCUGAUCGCAGUGGAGUCGCUGCAGCGCGCCGUCGCCGACCAUUUGCAAAGUGAUGGCUCCAACUUGGAGACGGCAGAGGCUGUGCGCUUUGCUGCGGCGCUGCACAGUGUCCCUGGGUGCUUAGACUUCGUGCGUCGCACUGCAGAGGCUGUGGGCCAAAGUGCUCACGAGCUUUCGCUGCGAGAUGUGCUGCUGAUGCUUGGAACCCUGCAGCAAUUGGAGUUGCGGGAGGCAGCGUUGUGGCAGCCGCUGCUGUGGCAGCUUCAUAGAGUGGUCGACAAGGAGACGUGGUCUCCUGCAGUGGCCAUCCAUCUCUUCCGGUCACUGGAGAG